AUCCAUCCAUCCAUCCGUCUAUUUUUAUUCCUCUAUUUCCAUCCAUUCAUCAGGCAUUCCUCCGAGAGAGCUCCAGCAUACAUUUAGCGAGCGAUUCUUGUUUCAUUAAGGUGGAUAUUGCGGUUGAGCGCUGAGACCCGAGAAGAGAUCGAAAGAAUAAAGAGAAAUUUUUAAAGAAAUAAAAGAAUUAUUAUUUAUUUAAAUCUCGAAAUAUAAUUAAAAUAUUUAAAUAAGAUAAUAAUAAUAGAGCGAUUAAAAGUUCAUUUUGAUUUAAAUUUUUCUCUUUUUUGCUGUUCGUGAAAUAAAAAAAAACUCCAAAAUGUCUAAAAGAGCCGAAGCAGCAGGGGAUAUGGUUCUUGUUAGAAACAAGAUUGCAGCUCGUUACGACUCAAAAGCAGAAGCCGAAGUCUUGGGCUGGUUGAAGCAGUUGGUUCAGGCCGACAUCGAACCCGGGUCCUCCAGCGUCGAGAACGCCCUUCGCGAUGGUCAAAUACUUAUCAAACUGGCCAGACUUCUGCAGAAAGACAGCCCAAAUGCUCCCGCCAAAGCCAAGAAGCAGACGAUCAGAUUGAACACACAAGACAUCCCGUACAAACAGAUGGAAAACAUUCAGACAUUUUUGGCAUUCUGUCAAAACUACGGCGUCCCAAAAACUGGCAUCUUCCACACUGUUGAUUUGUACGAAGGGAGGAAUCUUCCUCAGGUCAUCUCGUGUCUCCAGAUUCUUGGCAGUGAGGCUCAAAGACACGGAUUCUCCGGCCCUACCAUCGGUCCAAAAUUCACGGCGGAGAACAAGCGUAACUUCAACAAAGAUGUCCUGCGUCAGGGACAUGGGAUCGUUGGUCUGCAGGCGGGCUCCAACAAAUACGCCACACAGAAGGGCAUGCGCAUCGGCAGCGUCAGGCACUGCGCCGAUAUCCGCGCCGAUGACUUGAACAAAGAGAGCAACAAAGAACUGAGCUUGCAGGCCGGUACCAACCGCUACGCCACCCAGGCCGGUAUGAGAAUCGGUAGCGUGAGACACGGAUCCGAUAUCAAAGUCGUCGAUAUGUCCAAGGAUGCUCACGGUUUGAUCGGUUUGCAGGCCGGAUCAAACAAAUUCGCCACUCAAGCCGGAAUUGUUAUCGGCGGUGUGAGGCACGGAUCUGAUAUCAGAGCCGAUGAUUUGACCAAGGAAGGACAGACCGUCAUCGGAAUGCAAGCUGGAUCGAACAAAUUCGCUUCUCAGGCCGGCAUGACCUCUAUCGGGGCAGUCCGUCACGCCGCAGACAUCCGCGCCGAUGACGUCGACAAGGACGGACAGACGGUCAUCGGUCUGCAGGCAGGAACCAACAAAUUCGCCACACAAUCAGGAAUCGUGAUUGGUGGUGUGAGACACGUUGCUGACAUUAGAGCCGAUGAUCUAUGCAGGGAAGGUCAAGCUUUAGUGGGCUUGCAGGCAGGUACAAACAAGUUCGCCAACCAAGCAGGAAUGAGUUUCGGAGGAGUACGUCACGUCGCAGACAUCAGGGCCGAUGAUGUUUCAAAAGAAGGUUCAGCCGUCAUCGGAUUGCAGAUGGGAACAAACCAGUGCGCCAACCAGCAUGGAAUGUCUUUCGGAGCUGUGCGCCACGGUGCCGACUUGAAAGUCGAAGAACUCAGUGCCGAGAGCUCCGGCAUCGUCGGUCUUCAAGCCGGUUCGAACAAGGGAGCCAGCCAAGCCGGUCAGAGUUUCGGAGGCCAACGCCAUGCAGCCGAUUUGACAGGCAGCGAACCAGCUCACGAAGAUGCACACCACGACGCGGCCGCUGAAGAAGAGGAAUAA